AUGAGUUUCGCUAGAAAUGACACAGACGCCGGGCUACGGGCACUGGUCGCGAGCACAAACAUUAAGCCAGAGCAGAAGGUUCCUCAAGUUCUCUCAAAAUUACAAGGUUAAAUUAGUUAGCUAACUCCUUUAUAUGCAAAAACGUGUUAUUUGACUUUGCUUGCACGUGUGUGUCAUUCCUGAUACCCAACUAACUAUCAUUCCUUAUUUUUCGACAUUGAAGAUAUUCUGAAUAGGAUAUCUGUCCAAGACGAUAGAGAGUUGGGUGCGUUCAAGAACGCCUUGUUCAGCCAUGGCAUACUUCAAUACUGCGCAGGAGACGCCCUCAAACUGAACUAUGCCAAAGUUGAAGGAGGCUACGCAACUGCCACACAGUUGGCAGAAAUUCUCAGGUACGAUUUUAGAAUCUUGAACCACACCAAAAAGAUAUAACAAAGUCUGUGUUGACUGUACUAAAACAAACAACCCUAGACAUGACACUACCAAUGGACAAUGCCUACCCCAGAUACUUCUUCAAGGCCCCUGAUAGGCCUAGGAUGGAAUAAUAAUUGAUGCAAGCAGAUCUAUGAGGUGGGGGGGUCAUAUGUAUGUAAACUUUAGCUAGCAGUGGUUUGGCAUUGAUUUCUUUGUGUGCAUAUGCAUUCUCCUUUAGCUCCUGCUGUGUGGGUGUGGACCUGGGCGGAGACACUGAGGCCUUCCAUAGGCGGCUGCUCCCGUCCGUCACAGACAGCCUGCUGUCAUUGGCCAGUCGGCUGAUGAACAGAGCUUUGGCGGUAAGGGACGUAACAUUUAAAGUUUGGAAUGUCCUCAACAAAAAUAUGUCUAUUGACAUCAUCUCUCUCUCUCUCUCUCUGUAGGAGAAUGGGCAGCGUGAGAUGUUUCGUUUCUUCAGGAAGGUGAUGGACUCUGUGUGUUGGCUUCUGAAAGCCCAUGGUCACCUGGCCACACAAGGUGAGAUCUAACGUCCAAUACUUUUUUUUAAAUAUAUUUUUUUUAAAUGCCAAACAGACCCCUAACCCCUAUCCCUUACCUAACUAACAAUGCACACCCUUCUUUCUUCUCUCUCUCUCUCUCUCUCUCUCUCUCUCGCUCUCUCUCUCACUCAGUCCUGCAGUCAGACCACUAUGAGAGGAUGUUAAUGAGUGAGGAGGAGAGAGUGGGAACCGUGUGUGUGUCACUGUGGCAUCAGCUUCUGACAGCCAACAGGUAGCGUAUUACCACACACACACACACACACACACACACACACACAUCAAUUCAUUACCCCACUCUCUCUCUGUAGUGAGUUAGUAGCAGGUUUGGGAAAAGGCCCCUUGUCUGUGAUUCUGGAUGACGUCGUGUACAGAAUGGCUCACACAUCCAACCCUGUUGUGGGAGGGGCAGCAAUUAGGACGCUCCUCCUGGUUGCCCGGCAGCAAGAAUCCGCCCUGCAGCUUAUCAUCCACAGGUUCAAAGGUCAGGGGGCAGGGUUUGCAUAUUUUCAGGCUAUGAACUAAAAAAGGACUUUCAUGCGUAGACUUUAUAUGCUUGCAAAAGCAAUCAUGACGUUUUUUAUGGUUUGUGUGUUGCAGGGUUGGAGGGCAUGAUUGGUCGAGAGUGGAGGGGGCGGGGCUUCGAUGAGGAAGUGGACCAGCUGAUAAAGCUGCUGCAAAGAGAAGUCCCCAAACCAGCUGAUCACACAGAGGUAAAAUAUAUUGUGUGUGUGCGUGUGUGUGUGCGUGCCUUACACUCUCUCUUUGUUGACAGACGUGGCCAGAGGAGUGUGUGAGAGCGGCGUGUGUGAUCCAGGCAGCAUGGAGAUCCUAUCAGACCAGGAGGAGAGUGAAGAGUCUGCCCAGAGCUGUCAGAACACUGCAGAGGAGCUUCAGGUGUGUGUGGCCGUUACUUUUUCACCAAUCUAUGAUCGUGUUUUGUAUCUCUGUUAAAUGUUUUGAAAUUCCAGGGCUCAUCUGUAAAAGAGACAUUGGUCUCAGCAUGACUCAAAAUAAAGGUUAAAUAAAUACGAUAAUAAUAAUUCCACAGACAUUUCACUGUGUGUGUGUGUGUGUGUGUGUGUGUGUAGGGAGCGGCGGCGGAGGAGAGUGCAGCAGGCUCAGGCUGUGUGCUGGGAGGAGGAGCUGAGACUACAGCUGUGUGUCAAGAGACAGAGAGCCAGGAGAGAGUUCCAUCAGAAACAACUACAGCUACUGUACCUACUGCCCCCAGGUACACACACACUCACUCACUCACACACACACACUCACACACACACACACACACACACACACACACACACACAGGUACACACACUCACACACUCACACAGGCACACAAACACACCACACACACACUCACACAGGCACACACACACUACCUGUUACAGCAGAGACAGAGCAGAAUGAUGCCAGUUUGUUCGUUUAGUUAGGCCUGCCAUCUACAGCCUUCACAUUGUGUGCGUGUGUGUGUGUGUGUGUAGGUCAGGUGCAGCAGUACCUCGGGGAGGUUGAGAGGCAGGCUGCGAUACGGAUCCAGAGGGUUUGGCGAGGCCACCGAGAGAGACGGAACUUCCAGCAACGGAGAAACACACACACAGAGCACAGAGCUGCUGUCGUCCUGCAGAGAGCAGUAUUAACAACACACACACACACACACACACACACACACACACCACACACACACACACACACACACACACACACACACACACACACACAGAGCACAGAGCUGCUGUCGUCCUGCAGAGAGCAGUAUUAACACACACACACACACACUUCCAAUAGACUACCGCUGUUGUAAGCUAAAGCUGAACACAACGAUCAAACAAAUGUAGCACGCAGCAGCAUCUGAAUUCAUCUUGACAGUUUAUUGUCCCUCCCCCGUUAGGUUCUUCGCUUUCUGAAGCGGCGGAGAGCUGAGAAAGCCCCUCCUUCCCUCUCUCCUUGGAUUGGUCCUCGGGGUUUGACUGACAGUCGGAGGGCGGAGCUGAAGAGAGAGGUGGAGGAACAUAUUGCCCUGCACCCGGUGAGUCUGAAUAUUACUUCAAGUUGUGUGUCUGUUUGGUUUUACUAUCCUUGUGGGGAUCAGAUGUUCUCACAUGAUAGUAAAACAAGGAAUAUUUGGACAAGUGGGGACAUUUCACCGGUCCUCACAAGGAAAAAGUAUAUUUUAGGCUUAGGUUUAAGGUUACGAUGAGGGUUUGGGGUUAGGGAAAAUAGGAUUUUGAAUGGGAAUCGGUUGUUUGGUCCCCACAAGGAUAGGAGAACAAACGUGUGUGUGUAACGAUCUGUCUCUGUGUGUGUAGUCCUCUGUGGUGUCUCUAGAGGACAGUAGGGAGCUCCAUGCUCAGACCCAAGCCUUGCUGCUCCAGCAUCUACAGGGGAGAGAGGCGGAGAGGAGAGAACACACACACACACAGGCCCUGCUGGCACAGAUCAACACUGACCUGGAACUGCUGCUGAGUAGGUAUCACACACACACACACACACACACCAGUCUCUCCUCUCUUCCUCUCCCUCCUUCCCUUCAUCUAUCUUUCUCUCUUAGAUGCCCCCUCACUCAGUGACGCCACGGUAACCAACUGUGACGUGUUCAGGAGUCGCUCUGCCCCCGUAGCCGCCCGCGCCCGGCAAUCCCACAAUGCAAUGCUCCAGGCCGGUCGCCUGCCUUGGUGGAAGAUGCUGGGAGAUGAUGACAUCACCUGUCCUGAAUCAGACUCCGCCCACAAAGACCACCUGCUGGAGGCAGAGUUUAACUCACUGUAUUUAGGAGGAAGCUGACGAUGUUGUUCCACAACAGUAUUGUAACGCUAUUAUAACAUUGUCAUAGGGCUGUUGUGAUAACGUCAUUAUAACACUAUGACGUCAAACCUGCUUUGGAAUUCAACCAAUCAUGGGUUUCAGUCUGGACCGGGGUUAGUUGAAGCAGGUGUGUUGCUGCAGGGGAGUUUUCAUCAGUCUCUGUGUGACUGGUCCCUUAAGGAAGAGUUUGUGUCUAAGUAAUUGUAAAGCAAUUUUGUGUACAGAAGUCUGC